CGCUAUGUGUUUCUACACAGUAUGGCCGGCGAUAUUAGCUAGCGCUCGCUCAAUGGUAUUCUCUGAAUAAGGGAAGACGGUGAAAUUAAGAAAAAGACAACCGGACUGUUAAAGGACUGAAGUAAAAUAAUUAAGUUAUCAAUUUUAAGUAACGAUUAAUUAAAGUAAACAGAGCCCAACCUAUUAAUUUCUGUGGUUGGUAGUUCUUGUCUCACGAUGGAAGAAAACGGUGCACACUUCUUUGAAGGGACCGAGAAGCUGCUGGAGGUGUGGUUUUCCCGGCAAGAUGAGACCAAAGGAACAGGGGACCUCCGUGACAUCCCAAGGUUUGAGUGGGACAAGCUUUUGGAGAAUGUGCAUUGUUUGAUCAUAAGUGUGACAAAAACUGACAGGCAGGAAGCUUAUGUACUCAGUGAGAGUAGCAUGUUUGUCUCCAAGAGACGUUUCAUUUUGAAGACCUGUGGUACCACCCUCUUACUGCGAGCACUGGUUCCACUGUUGGAGCUCGCCCGGGAAUACAGUGGAUUUGAUGCUAUUGAGAAUUUCUUCUAUUCCCGCAAGAACUUUAUGAAGCCGGCCCAUCAAGAAUACCCUCACAGGAACUUUCAGGAAGAAGUGGAGUUUCUGAAUAAGAUUUUCCCAAAUGGGGCAGCCUACUGUAUGGGACGUAUGAAUUCCGAUUGCUGGUACCUGUUCACUCUGGAUGUCCCAGAGAAUCGGGAACACAAGCAGCUGGCAGACCAAACAUUAGAAGUCUUGAUGAGCGAUCUUGACCCAGCGGUUAUGGACCAGUUCUUUAUGAAAGAUGGCGUUACUGCAAGUGAUGUCACUCGUAUGAGUGGAAUACGUGACCUGAUACCAGGUUCUGUGAUCGAUGCCACAAUGUUCAACCCUUGUGGUUAUUCUAUGAAUGGGAUGAAAACUGAUGGAACUUACUGGACGAUCCACAUCACUCCAGAGCCAGAGUUCUCUUAUGUUAGCUUUGAAACCAACCUCUCCCAGGCAUCCUAUGACGAUCUGAUCAGGAAAGUUGUGGAUGUCUUCAAGCCAGGGAAAUUUGUGACGACCAUGUUUGUGAAUCAGAACUCGAAAUGUCGCAGCGUCUUUUCUUCAGCCCAGAAACUCGAAGGUUUCAAGCGCCUCGACCGCCAGUUGGCCCAAUUCAAUGAUUACAACUUUGUUUUUACCAGUUACACCAAGACUCGUCAGCAGAACCAGCAGAGUUGAACAGAGAACAUGAAGAAGAAACGCAAGAAGAAAGCCUGCAGUGUGGGCCUGGGCAGCCCACUAGAUGCAUGUAGUACCGAGGGCCACUGGGAGAGCUGUUUACAUUCCUUUGGCCCUCGGAGUUACAACAAUUCUAGUUUAACCUCCAAUUUAAAUUGUAUGCAGUAUUGUUACACUGAGUUAGAUAUCUUGCAUGAAUGCUCUUUUCUCUGUUUAGGUAUAUUAGCUCACUCUUGCUGUGAACUUGAAGUGCAUGUAGAGAAAUUCAACUUUUACUAUAUGAGGCUUUCUAGCACUCUGAAGAGCUCUAGCUGCAGGCUGGCAUACUCUGCAGCCUUCCUCCAGGCAUCACCCCAGAUCCCCCACAGACAAGGCUUCCGCGCUCACUAGGCAAGACCCUGGCAUGCUCAGAUUGUUUGCAUUCUAUUGGUUUUCACAAAUACAUGUACACUGGCCUCUAUUUUGAGGUGACGAAUGACUUGGUCAUGGUUUAAACAGGCUUGCUGAUGUCUAAGAAAUUAAUUAUAAUAUAUACCAGAUUAAAAUGAAGUUGUAAGUAAAUACCUAUAGGUUUUCUGUUUAAAAUUCUUAGAUGUGUCAAAUUAUUUUUUUUUUUC